UAACUUUCUUUCUCACCGGCAUGGAUACCUAAGGCUCCUGAAACUGUAGGAGCCGCUGUUAGCCAGCAAAUGCUGUUUGGGCCAGCAGUAGUGUCACACAAUUAAAAGCAAUAAGCAUUUAUUCAUAGACAACUACAUGCCAGGUACUGUGAUGAGCAGUGGAGAUGCUGGCUAAUAAGCACUGCUGGAGGGGGGAGGGUGAGAGAAAGAGAGGGAGGGAGGGAGGGAGAGAGAAGUAAUUACAAUAGAGGGGGACCGAUGCUAUUCAAGAGUAUAGCAGGGUCUUCUCUCCAGACUUCAGGGAGUCAGCAAAGACCUCCCAGAGGAAGUGUUCCUCUUUCCCAGAUCUCUCCACUCCCAUAAAUCAGUCUCUUUCCUUGUCCACAUCUCUGCCUCCUUCCCGUACUUCUGAGUUACCAUACCAUCACACCAGGCAAGGAGGCAGCACAGGGAAGAGUUAAUGUGGCACAGGUGGGAGGGGCAAGGGCCCUGAGGGAAGCAGGUGGAACAGCCUUAUAAAGGGCCCCAUAGGCACUGGUCAAGGUGAAGAGAAGCUGCCAGCACAGUGCUCAGGAUCUUUCUCCAGUCAAGUCUUCUGCUGGUGCUUUCCUCCUUGUUCAUUUAUUCGUUUAAUGUUUAUUAAUCUUCUGCCGUAAGCUAGGUUCUGGGUGGAAUCUGUUCUACUCACCCUGCCUCCUCCAACAUCAGAGAUGCUUCUUCCACGUAUGGCUGCUACUGUGGGUUGUGUACCAUUUCCUCCCCCUCUGGCAACUCCACUCCCUCUGGCACCCCAGGAAUAAGACUUUAGUGGGACCCCUUUCUGGAUCAUGAAGAAGGGAGACGGGGAAGUUCCCUUUUUUGCUACCAUCUCUCUCUGUUCCUUCCCAGGCCCAACUUCAACUCUCCAGCCAGCGUUCAAGUUCACUCCUGCAGCAUCAAGUGAAGAAUAAUGUUGAUGCCCAGAAUGUUAAAGCUGGACAACGCUACCAUCAUUGUGUCCACCCCCAGUGUGGAGCUGAGGAAGCUGAGGCCCAGGAGCUCUGCCUAAGGAUAUACAGUCAAGAACAGUGCAGCCUGGGGCGUGAUCCCCCUCCAGCUCUGGCUUUCUCCCCACCUUACAGACACUGAGACAGACUCUACUUUGGAUCCUGAGGAAGAAAACCAUUCAUUUCAGCCUCAAUUCUCAGGUGACCUCCAGCUAUAGCAGCCACUGCAACAGGGAGGCCUUCCUUUCUCAGUAACAGUGUCUCCCCACUUCUCUCCCUUACAACACCCAUGGGCUGUCAGGCACAAAGGAUUCUCCCACCCAAGCUGGGGUAGUGACCUUGAUUAUCCACCCAAAACCCCAACCAAAGGUUACAACCCUGUGAUCCCCCAACCCAGCACUACCCCUACACAUACCCCAUGGAUGGGUCUGUGCCACUGUGACACCCUCCAAAAUCUCUCCUUCUGUCUCUCCCCUAUCAGGAGUCAUGCCCCCAUGAACCCUAAAGCUUUGCCCCCUACAGGAUGGCAGGAGGUCCACAUCCCAACUUCACCUUCCCAUGCCCGACCUUCUUCAUACUGACUGGCAUUCCAGGGCUAGCUGGUGCCCAGGCGUGGCUGACACUGGUCUUUGGGCCCAUGUAUCUGCUGGCCCUGCUGGGCAAUGGAACACUGCUGGCAUUGGUGCAGAUCGAUUCCACACUGCAGCAGCCCAUGUUUCUACUCCUGGCCACACUGGCAGCCACAGACCUGGGCUUAGCUACCUCUAUAGCCCCGGGGUUGCUUGCUGUGCUGUGGCUUGGGCCCCGGCCUGUGCCAUAUGGUGCCUGCCUGGCCCAGAUGUUCUUUGUUCAUGCACUGACUGCUGUGGAAUCUGGUGUGCUGUUGGCCAUGGCCUGUGAUCGUGCUGUGGCAGUCGGGCGUCCGCUGCAUUACCCUCUCCUAGUCACCAAAGCCCGUGUAGGCUAUACAGCACUGGCACUGGCACUGAAGGCUGUGGCUAUUGUUGUGCCUUUCCCUCUGCUGGUGGCGCGAUUUGAGCACUUCCGAGCCAAAACCAUCAACCAUGCCUAUUGUGCACACAUGGCAGUGGUAGAGCUGGUGGUGGGCAACACACGGGCCAACAAUUUGUACGGGCUGGCCCUUUCACUGGCUGUGUCAGGUAUAGAUAUCCUGGGCAUCACUGCCUCUUACGGGCUCAUUGCCCAUGCUGUACUGCGGCUGCCCACCCGGGAGGCCCGGGCCAAGGCUUUUGGCACAUGUAGCUCCCACAUCUGUGUCCUUCUGGCCUUCUAUAUACCUGGUCUCUUCUCCUACCUCACACACCGCUUUGGUCGUCACACCGUCCCAAAGCCUGUGCACAUUCUUCUCUCGAACAUCUAUUUGCUGCUGCCACCUGCUCUCAACCCACUCAUCUAUGGGGUCCGCACCAAGCAAAUCAGGGACCAGUUCCUGGAAACCUUCACAUUCAGAAAAAGCCAGUUCUAA